AUGUAUUAUCGCGACGUGGCCUCGUCGUCCACGAACGCCCUCAAAAUCGACAACAUGGACCUCCCCACAAAUAUUGACCCGUAUUUGACUCUCCCUGAUCAGCUGGUGCUACGAGAGCUCCUCAAAGAAGGCACCGGAACGAACAACCGCAGCACAUCGGAGACCAUACAAGCCCUACAGUCUCUCAACAACCCAAAUCAUGCUGCCUUUGAUCCAACAGUCUUCCAGUUCUGGGAGACCCAUCAGCUCCGGACUCGACUGCCCUCGUUCAUUCAGAACGACAUCCUAAAUCCUUACAUCAACUGGGCCAAAAGAGUGGCACGGUUUCCUACCGACGUGGUGAUGGUAACCCACCUCCUGAUUUACAUGACCAUCUCCGUCCCCAGCGCCAUCUGGUUGCACUACUAUCACUUCACCUGGGGGCACGGGCUACUGCAUUGGAUCCUGCACGUCUGGUACGCAGGCACCUACACGCUGAUGAAGCACCAGUACGUGCACAUGAACGGCGUGCUUGCCCCCCAAUACCGGCUGGUGGACAGACUCUUUCCCUACAUCGUAGACCCCUUGGUGGGCCAUACAUGGAAUUCGUACUACUACCACCAUGUCAAACACCACCAUGUCGAGGGGAACGGACCGGGGGACCUGAAUUCCACCAUGUGGUAUGACCGCGACUCGGUUGCUGACUUUGCGCGAUACGUGGCGCGUUUCUUCUUCCUCAUCUGGCUGGAUCUUCCCUUGUACUUUCUGCGCAAGGGAAAGUCCACGUUCGCAAUGAAGACGGCGCUGUGGGAGAGCAGCAACUACCUCUUCAUCUACGCCAUGUGGAGGUAUGUCCACCCACAGGCUGCAUUCUGCGUGUUCGUCCUGCCCCUCCUGACUCUGCGUCUCGGCCUGAUGGCUGGAAACUGGGGCCAGCAUGCAUUUGUGGACCCCAAGGAUCCAGCUUCUGAUUUCCGUUCGAGCGUUACCCUGAUCGAUGUCGCAAGUAAUCGAUUCUGCUUCAACGACGGCUACCACACCUCGCACCACUUACAUCCCCGCCGGCACUGGCGAGAACACCCUGUGGCCCUCUUGCGCGAUAAAGCCCGCUACGCCAACGAAAACGCGCUCGUCUUCUGUAACAUUGAUUACCUGAUGCUGACCGUCAAGUUACUGCAGAAGGAUUACGAGCACCUUGCCAAGUGCAUGGUGCCCAUUGGGCCGGCGCAGUGUGCCAUGAGUCUGCAGGAGCGCGCAGAGAUGCUGCGGACACGUACGCGCCGGUUCCCAGCCACGUGCAUGAAAGAGAUUUCGAGACGAAAAUAG